AUGUCUGCAUUUAGAAGAGAAGAUGAUCAGAAGCUGAAAUUUAAAACCUCUAAAAAACUGAAGGUCACUGCCACUUUUGAAGCCAUGGACUUGAAAGAUGAUUUAUUGAAAGGUGUUUAUCUGUAUGGGUUUGAGGCUCCUUCAGCUAUUCAGUCCCGUGCAAUUACUCAGAUUAUUUCAGGUACAGAUGUCAUUGCUCAGGCCCAAUCUGGUACCGGUAAGACCGCUACUUUCACAAUUGGUAUGUUACAGGUCAUUGACUUAAAACGUAAAGAUUUGCAAGCAUUAAUUUUAUCGCCAACGAGAGAGUUGGCUACGCAAAUUAAUCAAGUCGUAACUAACUUAGGAGAUUACAUGAAUGUACAAUCAUACGCAAUGACUGGUGGUAAAACUAUGAAAGAUGAUUUAAAAAAGAUGAAUAAGAGUGGUUGCCAGGUUGUGAGUGGAACACCAGGUAGAGUUCUCGAUAUGAUUAAAAGACAAUUGAUAAGCACUAGAAAUGUGCAAAUGUUGAUUUUAGAUGAAGCAGAUGAAUUACUGGGAGAACAUUUAGGUUUUAAACAACAAAUUUAUGAGAUAUUUGCUAAACUGCCAUCUGCAUGUCAAGUUGUUGUUGUCAGUGCUACUAUGAGUAAAGAUAUAAUAGAAGUAACCAAAAAAUUUAUGAGUGAUCCAACAAAAAUUUUAGUUAAGAGAGAUGAAAUCUCUUUAGAAGGUAUCAAGCAAUUUUAUGUGAAUGUCAGUAAAGAAGACUGGAAAUUUGAUACAUUAUGUGAUUUAUAUGAUUCAUUAACUAUUACACAAUGUGUCAUUUUUUGUAAUACUAAAAAGAAAGUCGAUUGGUUAUCUCAAAAAUUAACUAGAUCGAACUUUUCAGUUAUAGCAAUGCAUGGUGAUAUGAAACAGGAAGAUAGAGACAAAGUCAUGAAUGAUUUUAGAACAGGUACCUCCAGAGUUCUGAUAUCAACAGAUGUAUGGGCUAGAGGUAUUGAUGUGCAACAAGUGUCACUAGUGAUAAAUUAUGAUUUACCUGAAAAUAUGGAAAACUAUAUUCACCGUAUUGGUAGAAGUGGGAGAUUUGGUAGAAAGGGUGUCUCUAUUAAUUUUGUAACUGACGAAGACUCCUCUAAACAAAAAGAAAUAGAAAGACACUAUAAAAUAAAGAUAAAACCAGUACCAGCUGAUUUAUCAACUCUAGCAUAA